AAUAAAUAAAAAGAUGGCCUCAACAUUCCCUCCAAGGGUAACAUACUAUCUCCAUGCUAAGUUCCUCCAUCAGCAGAUGCCUCUGUAUCGAAUCCCUCUAUAAGAUUCACGCCCUCCUCAUCGUCAACGGGAUCUCAAAGUACGAAUCCAUAGUAAGAGAAGCGAUCGAUAAGUAUAUCUUUUUCGGCUAUCCCCAUUCCGCAGUAUCCUUCUACCUUUCAGUUAAAAAUCCCACCUUGCUCUUGCAAAACUUGGUUCUUCGGAUCUUUUCAAAUCAUGGGUAUUAUGCCCAGCUCUUGUCCUUAUAUGCAGACUCGCAGAAUUCAAGUUACAGAAGACCUGAUAACUACACAUUUCCAAUUGUGAUCAAGGCCUGCGCCGCUGAUACGGCAUGUAGGGCAGGAAAGCAGGCACAUUGUGCGGCUCUCAGAAGUGGUUAUGGUGGAAAUUUGCUGGUUCGGACUGCUCUUGUAGAUUUCUACUUCAAGAUUGGGCUUUUGGAAUAUGCACGAAAGGUGUUUGAUGGAAUUACUGAACCAGAUUUGGUGUCAUGGAACGCCCUCAUAUUUGGCUAUUGUUUGAAUGGAUUUAAUCAAGAUGCGUUCAAAUCAUUGAGAGAGAUGCUUUUGACUGAUUUGAAGCCUAAUGGAAGCAUUUUUGCUAGUGUUAUUCCACUAUGUGUUCGGCUAAGAGCUCCAGGUCUUGGUGCAUCUUUGCAUGUUUUUGCUCUCAAGUGUGGGAUUUUGGAUGACGAGGCUUUGGUUCCUACUCUUAUCUCAAUGUAUUCUUCCUUUGGGUACUUGAUUGCUGCAAGAAUGUUGUUUGAGAUGCAGAAGGUGAAAGAUUUGGUUUCAUGGAACUCCAUGAUCUCUGCUUAUUCGCAGAAUGGGAAACCGGGCAAAGCAUUAGAGGUUUUCCAGCUCAUGAAUUUUGAAGGUGAAAGGCCUGAUUUUGUCACAAUGUUAUCUGUUCUUUCGUCCUCCUGUGACCUGUCCGACAUCAGCUAUGGCGAGUCCAUUCAUGCUAUUGUAAUCAAGGAUGGACUGGCUAGCCAAAUCUCAGUAGUAGCCUCACUUGUGUCUAUGUAUGCUAAGAGUGAUAAAUUGCAAGAUGCUGAGAAUUUAUUUCAGACUGCACCAGAGAAGAGCCUCCUUCUAUAUAAUUCUAUUAUCUCCGGCUAUCUUCUUAAUGGUCUACCAGGUUUGGCUUUGGCUACUUUCUGUGAUAUGAUCAUCCAAAGGGUUAAUCCAGAUUCAAUCUCUUUAAUAAGUGCCAUAUCUGCUUCUGCAAUGUCUAUCUAUCUGCUCUUGGGAAAAUCUCUUCAUGCUUAUAGCAUCAGAAAUGGAUUUUAUUCAAACAUCAACUUAUUGAAUGCUCUCUUGGCACUCUAUUCUGAUUGCAAUCAGUUUCAAUAUACCCUCAAGUUAUUCCAUAUAAUGCAAGAUAGAAAUUUGGUUUCUUGGAACACUCUGAUAUGUGGAUGGACUGAUAUUGGGGACACUCAGUCCGCUGUUGCUUUCUUUAGACAAAUUGGAAGAGAAGAUCUGAAAUUUGAUUUGAUAACAAUGAUCAGUAUACUACCUUGCAUCCAUAAAUCAGAAAAUAUUGCUCUUGGCAAGUCAUUUCAUGCUCUUGCUAUUAAGAAUGGGUUUGAUUCUGAUACAACCCUCGCAAAUGCACUCAUAAGCAUGUAUGCAAAUUGUGGUUCUGUGGAUGACAGUCAUAUCCUAUUUCAAAGCGUGGCUUUUAGAAGCACUGUCUCUUGGAAUGCUUUAUUGACAGGCUACAGAAAAUUCAAAUCAUCAAAAGAAGUAAUGAAAUUGUUUUAUCAAAUGAAAGAAGUUGGACAGAAGAUGAAUUCAGUUACCUUGUUGAAUAUAUUAUCUUGUUGUGAGGCACAUAUUCAAGGAAAAUCAAUCCAUGCAUUUGCCCUUAGAAACUUCUACAAUCUAGAGACCGCUCUUCACACUUCAUCACUCUGCAUGUAUGCUAGAUUUCAGAACUUCGAAUACUGUUGCCGCCUCUUUGGCACAAUGGAUAGAAAUAAUGUUGUUUAUUGGAAUACUAUGAUGUCAAUAUAUUCACAUAGAAAACAUACAGAAGUGUUGAAUUUUUUUAAGGAAAUGCUGGAUUACCAAGUGUGUCCAGAUGCAGUAACAAUGCUUACCCUGGUUUCUGCUUGUACUCAACUGGGUAGUCUAGAUUUAGCUCAAUGCAUUCAUGGCUUUAUCAUUCGCAGUGGUUUUGAGAGGAGCACCUCUCUGAUCAAUUCUUUCAUCGACAUGUAUGCUAGAACCGGAAGUAUUUCUACUGCAAAGAGACUCUUGGAUGAGUUGCAGGAGAAGGAUUUAAUCUCUUGGAGCACAAUGAUCAAUGGAUAUGGAAUGCAUGGAGAUGGAGAAGGAGCUAUGGAACUGUUCUUAAAGAUGCAAGAGAGUGGUGCUUGUCCUGAUGAUAUAACCUUUGUUAGCAUACUGUCAGCUUGCAGUCAUGCGGGCCUAGUUGAAGAAGGACGAAUCUUCUUCAAAUUAAUGGUGGAGAAACAUCAUAUCACCCCAAGAAUGGAACAUUAUGCAUGCUUGAUUGACCUCUUCAGCCGUAGCGGGCAUUUGAUAGAAGCUUUUGAUCUUGUCAGGAAGCUGCCAUUUAAACCUUCGAUUGAGUUGCUUGAAUCCUUGCUUGGGGCCUGCAACUUCCAUGGAGAUGCUGAAGUAGGAGAAGCAGUUGGAAAGUUGCUGAUUGAACUCCAUCCUACUACAAGUUCAUAUGUGAUGCUCUCGAAUAUUUAUUCAGCAGCAGAGAGAUGGGAAGAUUCUGGGAGAUUGAGGUUUGACAUGAGAGCAAAGGAAAUCAGGAAAGAGCCUGGUAUCAGUUUUGCUAGUAUGGGAUGAUAAUGUAACAACCUGUGUAUAUAUAAAAAAAUUCCUUUUCAAACCAAAUGGGUCUAACGGCCUCGCUAUUCUUUUUAAUCCUGACCCUUAGGGCCCCAAAUAUGAUAGAGGUUGAGAGAGCAAGGUAUCAAAGGCGGACAUAUGAAGGAGGUGAUUAAGCGAGAAUCGAGAUGACGAUCAUUGUUGUCUCCUAGGGAAGACAUCAUGCGAGCAGGGAAGAACUCUUUGUUAUGUAGCCGGCAGCUUCAGUUGCUUGGGUUCAACAAGGUCGAUUAAUAGGAAGUUGACGAUUGGGAAGAGGAAAAGAAUUGUUAAUAUCUCCUUCAUACACCACCUUCAACUUAUUUAUCUUUAUUGGAGCAA